UCACACCUCCACAUCCUUUCAAGCGCGUGAUACCUCCUCAUUCAGGAUCACACCGCGUCAGCGUCAAGAGCCAUUUGUGCCCCUGAGUCUGUCUUCGUUCUUCGAUAACAGCAGUCAUCGUUGACUACUUGCCUGUCCGUCUGUUUAUCUCUCUCCUGACGUCAAGAUAUCCCGCCUUAGAUCUCAGAACGGGUAAGAUGAACGGACGAUACCUGUGGGUUUGGACCUUAGUCCUUGGUCUGGUGACGCACAGCGCAAGCGUAAACCGAAUGGUGUCCCUUCCACCUUCUGAGAGAAGCGUAUCUCGUCCUUUGCGACAAUCAGAGGAUCCGGUUACUCCUGAAGGAGAUUUUGGAGGAGGGGAGAGAGACUUGGAGGAGCCGUUGAACGAGAGGGACGCCCUUCGAAGAGUCCUCGAGGAGAAGGAAGAACUCCUUUCCAGAAUUGGAAUGCUCGAGAGAGCCAACCGCGAGCUCACAUUGGCAAAUAGUGUGAUCGCCAGUACACCGAGUGACGAAAAGAUUGGAAAUACCAGACCAGCCGAUUGUGCAGACCACUUCGUUAUGGGCGCUAAAACGAGCGGAAUCUACGAGAUCUAUCCCUUCACGUGUUUAUGCGGCGAACCUCUGCGAGUCUAUUGCGACAUGGAGACAGAUGGUGGAGGUUGGACUGUGUUCAUGGCCAGGCAACCUGGCGAUAUUCCCCUGGGCUUCAACAGGUCCUGGAGCGAAUACAGGUCUGGAUUUGGUGACGCUUCGGGAGAAUUUUGGCUGGGUAAUGUGCACCUUCAUGCAAUGACCUCCAGCAGGGAAUACGCUCUACGCAUGGACGCCCACCUGUCUUCUGGCGAUGUCAAAUUUGGAGCCUGGGGCUCCUUCAGGGUAUCCACUGAAGCCAACAGGUUUAGGCUUUCCUUGUCUUCGUACUCAGCUGAAAGCACUACAAGAUCCAACUGCCUCCCAAACGUUAAUGGACUGCUCUUCACCACUUACGACAGGGACAAUGAUGAAACGACAGGUAGAUGAUGGAGUAAAUGGACCCUCUCAGACCCCUGUUUGCUAACAUGCAACUACGACUACAGUUAAGGACAGAGUCUUCUAGGCGACAGGAAUCUCUUACCUAUCAGCUAUCAAGAGCUUCAGAAUCCAAUCAUCUGCUGAAUGCCAGCCAAGUGCUUAGUUCCUCGACGAAAGUAUAGCACGAAUGAAACUCUCUCCUGCUUUGAUUAUACACGUAAGAAGACGAAACCCAAACCCUGACCUCAGCAAUCUGCGAACCCGACAGUGUCAGAAGAUGUUAAGAGAUAAAAAGACAAUACUGAGUCCAACUAAAGUUAGGUUUUACCCCCAUGCGGGAAAAUAACAUUCACUACCACGUUUGGAAAUUUUUCAUUUAAAAAGCAAAAGUGUGUGUAAAGAGAAAAGCAACGGGUACUAAGUAACAUAGACUAAAUAGCUUUAAUCUAUAUAUGUGUGUGUGUUUGUGUGUGUGAAGAACAUGUGACAAGGAGACAACUACUUGACAGGAAUGAUUCAUUUAUUUGCCAACGUGUUUCGUAACUAGUAACUCGUUAUACCAUCAAGGCUGAACUAAAUCGGACAAACGAGUUAAAGUACAUAUGACUAUCAAAACAUAUAAAAACAACAAUUCGCAAUUAAAAAGUCCCUAAACUAGUUGAAAUUGUACCAAAAGAGUAAAAACAAUAAUUAUAAAGAAAGGAGCUAACGACUGUAUUAAAAAAAGCACCUGUUCUGUCAGAAGAUGACAGCUGAGUGACAAGACAAGGAGGGAAAGCAGAGCCACGAAGAAAACAAGCUCACGCCAAAUACAAGGGAACAGAAGUGGUAUGUGAGUUCAAUCCUGGCGCUAACUGCUUAAUGUAUAAUGACUCAAGAAUAGGCAGUUCGUGUAAGUGGCUUGUUUGGCCCAAGAUAGAAAAGUCAGAGCAUUUGAUACCAACAUGGCAGAUUUUUCAAUGGUUUUUUUAUGUUAAGAGAUUUCAGGGUUGGACAAUUUACAGCCAGUUCGCAGAGACAGAGCUGACUCACAUAGAGGUGGAGUCAUCGAACUGGCUGUAAAUUGCCCAACCCUGAAUUCUCUAACGCCAGAAAUAAUUCAAAAAUCUAGUUUAGGAUCUUUUUAAUUGCGAUUUGUUGUUUUUAUAUUUUCUAAAUAUGUGAUGUGUAAUUAACUCGUUUGUCCGAUUUAUUUCAGCCCUGAUGAUGUAACGAGUUACUAUAGUAGAUUCACAUCAACCGUCCAUUUGAUGUCUAGGCCAGUCCCUUACGACGC